AUGGGAAAACCAAGAAAACAAAUCCGAAAUAAUACUUCAUCAAAUGGUCCCAUAAGUGUUAAACCAUCUACUCAAAGAUGGGAUGUACUUCCAGAAACAAAUGAAGCUUUUGUAAAUUAUUAUAAAUCUCAAGGUAUUGUUGCAGAUGAUAAAGAAUGGGAUGAAUUAUUUGCUGUGUUACGUACCGAUUUACCUACGACUUUUCGGAUUACUGGGACCAAGAAGAAUGCUGUAGAACUAAGUCGGAUCCUUAAAGAAACAUACGUUCCUUACUUAUCUAACGUCGAAAUUAAUGGAGAGUCGAUCCCUCCACCUGCACAAUUGCCAUGGUAUCCUAAAGGAUUAGCAUGGGAAUUACGUGCUUCUAAGCAUGUCGUUCGAAAGUCUCCUGAGUUCAAAAAGUUUCAAAACUUUUUGGUCUAUGAGACAGAGGCUGGUAAUAUAUCACGUCAAGAAGCUGUUUCUAUGGUUCCUACGCUUCUCUUGGAUGUUCAACCUCAACACUUUGUCUUCGAUGCUUGUGCCGCCCCUGGUUCCAAGACUGCUCAACUCGUGGAAUCCAUACACAGCUCAAAAUCUUUAAUCCCACCUGGUUUAUUGAUCGCCAAUGACAGUGAUUACAAACGAUCUCAUUUACUUGUUCAUCAAUCUCUUCGUCGAUUACCAUCUCCUUCUACGAUGAUCACAAACCAUGAUGCUUCGAUGUACCCAUCCCUCAAGAUCGAUGGUAAACCAUUGUUAUUCGACCGAAUCUUAUGUGACGUACCAUGCAGUGGAGAUGGCACACUACGUAAGAAUGGUGGAAUUUGGAGAGAUUGGACACCUGCAAACGGAGUUGGUUUACAUGGUCUACAAAUGCGAAUCUUAUCCCGUUGCAUUGCUCUAUUGAAACCUGGAGGUCGAAUGGUUUAUUCAACUUGCUCAUUAAACCCAUUAGAAAAUGAAGCCGUCCUGUCUGCUACCUUAAAUCUUCAUCCUGAAAUGACCUUGGUAGAUGUAUCAGAUAAAUUACCUGAACUAAAACGUCGUCCAGGAAUGACAACUUGGAAAGUGAUGAAUCGUACCUUGGGAAAAAACGAUGAAGUGAAAAGUUACGAUGAUUUAGAAGGUGAUGAGAACAAAGCUAGAUAUUCUGCUACACUUUGGCCAGAUGGAAAAGAGCAAGCUAAAGGACUUGAAAGAUGUCUUAGAAUUUAUCCUCAUUUACAAAACACUGGCGGGUUCUUUGUUGCUGUGUUGGUGAAGGCAAAGGGUCCGGAUGUGAAGGAAGAGGUCUCUGGAGAUCUUCAAGCCGCUGAAACCUCGGCUGCAAAGCGUAGUGCAGAAGAGCUCGCUGCCAAGAAGAACAAAAAAGCUAAAACUUCGAAGAAGGCCGACUCAUCGGCCGAUGUCGACUCAAAGCCCAAGACCGAGAACUCUACAGAUGAGAAGAAGGAUGUUAAGGUGGCUGUCGAGCCAGAAGUGGUCAAAGAAAAUGUAGAAGAUGUGGACGUCAAGAAGACCAACCAACGACAUUUUAAAGAAGACCCUUAUACUUAUCUCAAAUCUGAUAAUCAAGAGGUCAAAGAUUGCUUCAAAUUCUUUGCAAUCAAAUCGACUUUCCCAGUAGAUAACUUACUUGUUCGUAACGCAUCUGGAGCCGCAAGUCGUACGAUUUAUAUGACGUCUUCAAUAGUUAGAAAAGUGAUUGAAUCAAAUACACAUGAUAGACUUAGAUUAAUGAAUUGUGGAGUGAAGAUCUUUGGUAAAGAUAAUUCGAAUUCAGUUACAACAGAUGAACCAUCAUAUGGAUGUAGAUGGAGGAUCGUAAGUGAUGGAGUUGAGUUUUGUAAACCGUUUAUGGGAUCUAGUCGAUUAGUUAAAUCCGGUUUGAAGAAUUUAAAACAAUUAAUUUCAAAUCCAGAUCAAUAUCCACUUUUUGAAGAUUUAGAAGACGAAACGUUCAAAAAGGCAGUACAAAAGAUUGGAGCUGGUAGUUGUGUGAUGGAAGUGAUUGGAGAUAAAGAUGAACAUGUACCUAAAGAUUUAGUCGUGGCUAUGUGGAUUAGUAAGGCUAGUGUGAAUCUGAUGGUGGAUAAGAAGGAGAGAAGAGUACUUAGUAUGAGGUUAUGGGGUGAAGAUUUAACUUCAACCAAAAAUGCAAAAGGUAAAAAGAAGCAAAAGGAAGAUAAGGAAGAACAGGAAGAGUAG